GUUUUUUAUGUUACUAUGUGAAUGCUGCAGGGCUGCUGUUAGCCAGUGUUCCAGUGUGCAGCUGUGUAUGACUUGGAUUGCUCUUGUGUUGUGUGUCACUGUGGGGAGUGCUGGACGUUGCUAUGCUGCUGUGUGUGUGUCACAGUGAGUGUAGUGCUGAGAGCAGCUCCGAGUGAUCAGUGCGUGUCUGCUGUCCAGGGUACCGCGCAUUGCUAUAAGCUGCCGUCUAUGGAACUGACCACGGCUCUGCACUGCUGUCCGGGGUACCGCGCACUGCUAUAAGCUGCCGCCUAUGGAACUGACCACGGCUCUGCACCGCUGUCCAGGGUGCUGAACAUCGACAUACGCUGCUGUCUAUAGUGCUGAACAGCGCGGCUGCCUAUGGCACUGAAUACAAGCCGUGCGUCUUUUCCGAUGGUGCUGAAUCCCUCUCUCCGCACUGCUGUCUAUGGUGCUGAGCCGCGCUGCUGUCCAUGGUGCUGAGAGCAGCCCGCACCGCUGUCUAUGGUGCUGAGAGCAGCCCGCACCGCUGUCCAUGGUGCUGAGAGCAUCCCGCACCGCUGUCCAUGGUCCUGAUCAGCACUAUGCGAGGCUUCCACCACUCCAUCCCUGGACGUGCAGCACUACUCCAUCCGAGGAACUGUCCGAGGUGCUGAACGUCUCCAUCCUGCUCUCAGAAUUCUGCUGAAGGUGGCUGGGUGCUGAUCUGUCCCGACAAUAAGAAGCCGAGGUGUUACAAAUCCACAAGCUGGGCAUUAGGAUACACCAAGUCUCCUUCCUAUGUGGAAUUAAAGGGGAAAGUUAUGCCUCUUCUCUUCCACCUGUCCUCCUGCACGGUCUACCGAUCUGUCUGUAGGCGGCUGUGGCAGCAGCAUAUUGCCAUGGAGUUGAAGGGGUUCCAGUCUGGGUAUGAGCCCAAUUUCAUGCUGUUAGUGCUGCUGAAGUCUUAACCCACCUCCUCAGCUGUGACUGACUGGCAGGGAUAUCUAGUGCCCGGGACUUACCAAGGAUACCAUGAGUCCUCUGCUCACGUGUGGAUCUAUCUGGUGUUGGGUUGUCAUAGAGUAUCAGUGAAUCCAGCUCAGUUUUAGCUGGGAUUCCUGUAGACUGCCGUACUAGAGAAGGCUUUGCUCUGUGUGCCAUGGCAGGGGACCUGGAGGGACUGGGUAUUUCCUCUUAAUAAACAAUGGCUCUUUCGGCUCCAAGGAUGGGCUAACCGCAGAAUCAACCUUGUGGCUUCAAACUUCCCCAUCUAAUCCUCGGAGGAUUAACCCCUAACUGCCCACAUGGCAGCAGCUGGAUCCAGUUCCUAGUGGAGUGGCACACACGAAGCCUGACAUUGGGGGAUGGCUCUUCAUAUUUCUGCAGUCUCCAUGAUUCUCUUGGCAAUCAUGGCUUCAGCAUCACCUGCUUCAAUCAACCAGGAGGAUUAUCCUGCCGAUGAAGGAGAACAGGCGUCUAGCAAUGACAACUUAAUAUUUGAUGACUACAGGGGCAAAGGCUGUGUGGACGACAGCGGAUUUGUCUAUAAACUAGGGGAGAGAUUUUUCCCAGGUCACUCUAACUGUCCUUGCGUUUGUACAGAGGAUGGACCCGUUUGUGAUCAGCCAGAGUGUCCCAAAAUUCACCCCAAAUGCACUAAAGUGGAACACAAUGGAUGUUGUCCGGAGUGUAAGGAAGUGAAAAACUUUUGUGAAUAUCAUGGGAAGACUUAUAAAAUCCUGGAGGAAUUUAAGCCUUCUCCGUGUGAAUGGUGCCGGUGUGAGCCCAGCAAUGAAGUCCACUGUGUGGUUGCAGACUGUGCCGUACCAGAGUGUGUAAAUCCUGUAUAUGAGCCAGAACAGUGCUGUCCAGUCUGCAAGAAUGGACAUCUUGUUGAAAAUCAACAGACCUACUGGCUGGAUCACCAGGUGGAAAUAAAAGAAAGAAAGCCUAUUACAGAAAACGAAUGAAACCACCGCAUAAGUAUUGAUUACCUCACUCCACUCUUAGAGAGAAAAUUGCAGUCUCCUAGAUGAUAUCUGCAUUGAAGAUUUUAAGGAUGGCUUUUUUUAUACAGCCCUCCUGACCUGGGAACCUGCUGUGUUUACUUGGGACACACUUAACCUCCAUAGGUGCCAAAUAUCUACGACUUCUCUAGGCAUGACUUGCUGGAUACUGCUCUACUGUACAAGCCACGCUGUGCUGCAAAGUCUGAGAAGAGGGCAAACACUGGCCUGAAAUGUAAUUGCCCCUUUUCUGCUGCAGUGGACGGACUCACAGCUAAUUCUUGUUUCAUCUAUUACAAAUACGACUUCUUGAUGUGAGCCCAUCAACUAGUAAUUAGCAGACUUUUAUGUAAUGAGCAGUUAGAAUGAACAAACCUUGGAAGACAGUAGACUUUAUAGAUGUUAUCCUAAUGCAUAUAAGAAAUUGAAUUUGGAAUAAAAAAACAACCAUUUCAUUAUUUGAAUGUAGCCAGGCGCUGGCUGCGUUAGUAUUCUAAUUCAGAGACACUUCUUAUAAUGCUAUACAUGGAGCACCUUUUCUCUAGUGCUCAACCUGGAGGUUAUCACAUCACUUCCUAGAUGCAGAGGUUAAGCAAUUCACUAAAGCAGAUGAUUGUGGGACACAUAGUCCGUGACCUGAAGUUACCAUAGACUGUAUACUGUUUGAAACUACAAAGGCAAAAGGAAUUCUGGGCAGGAUCGCUCUCCUUGGACAUGGGCUUUAAAGCUGCAAGAGCCAGAAGCUGUCACUCUGGGUGCUGCUGGCGGGCACAGCAGCCUAGACAGGGCUGGGACCUCUUGCUCUGGGGACUGCAACGCUGGAUGCAGGAUGGCUGUGGCUGCCACUGCAUCUGCCUCACUGCUGUUCAGGUCCACCUUCCCUGCACACCCACACAGUCAUCAGUAAGUUACUGAGUGGCCAGUCGGGUGCCUCACAACUUGCUGCUAUCAUUCAAGAGCCUGCUUAGGGACUUUUUUCCUCACAGAACCAAGGUAUCUGCUGGAUUGGAACACAGCAACCUAUCUUAUCUCUGACACUGUUUUUAAGGAUACCGACAUUUCAAGGACCUCCUUCCUUCAAGAAAGACCCUGCUUAUAGAACCUGUUUCAGAACAUAAAUUACUAACUAUUACCGGUACAUUACUUUUUAUUAAAGGGGAACUCCUACACAGAUGAUUAUGCCAAUUACCCCCUACUUCUUUUGGCAUCAGGGCCUAGAGUGGGUGGACUAACCUUAAAGCCUGCUCUUCUCCCUCUUGUUCUUGGGUCAGAAAUCCCUUCUCAACCAAUUCAUGAUAACAAUUU